AUGGGUUACACAUUAGCUAUUUUAGGAUGUGGUGUUAUGGGUCAAGCUGUCCUUUCCGCAAUCUAUAAUGCACCAAAGGCUGAAUCUGAAGAGAUUUUAUCAUUAUAUCCGUCAAAGAUUAUAACAUGUAACCAUGACGAUGAAAGUGCUCAACAAGUCACUGAUUUAAUCAACACCUUCGACGAAUCUCCAAACGGUAUUGUUGUUGAAUCCACAUAUGAUCAAAACACCGGAGCUGUUAAGGAAGCCACUGUUAUAAUAUUAGGCACCAAACCAUAUCUGGCUGAACCUGUCUUAAAGGGGGUUUCCGAUGUCAUCACUGAUAAAUUGCUUAUUUCUUUAGCUGCUGGUUGGACUAUCGGUCAAUUACAAGAUUAUACCAAGAAAGUUUCAAGAGUUAUGACCAAUACGCCAGCUAAAUAUGGUUAUGGUUGUGCUGUCGUCUCACAUUCACCAGAAGUUGUUACCGAGGAAAAGCAAUUGGUUAGUCAAUUGAUUGGCCAUGUUGGUAAAUAUAUUGAAUUGCCUGAAAAGAAUAUGGAUGCUGCUACUGCUCUUGUUGGAUCAGGGCCGGCAUUUGUUCUAUUGAUGUUAGAAUCAUUGAUGGAAAGUGGUAUUAAGAUGGGGAUUCCAUUGAAAGAAAGUAGAGAAUGUGCUAUUAAAGUUCUUGAAGGGACCGCCAAAAUGGUGGAGGAAAGUGGUAUGCAUCCAACCGUGUUGAAACAUCAAGUUUGUACACCAGGCGGUACUACCAUUGCUGGUUUAUGUGUUAUGGAAGAUAAAGGUGUUAAGAGUGGUAUCAUUAGAGGUGUCGAAGAAGCUGCUAAAGUUGCAGCAGAACUAGGUAAGAAAAAAUAA